AAAAAAAUAAUUAAUCAAUAAAUAAUAACAAUAGCCAUUUCUCUUUCUCAUUUGAGACAGAGAAAGAAGGGAGAAACAGAGGGAGACAUGGACACUGCGAUUUGUGGGAGAAUAGCUCUCUCACCUAAUCAAGUCUUUAGCCCUAAAUCGGGAGACAAACAUUCUCUUUGUAGAGGAACAUGGAUCAACCGUGGGAUUCUCAUGGCUCUAUCAGCAACAGGAUCAGGUAAAGGAGGCGGGCUGUUGGAGAGACCAAUUAUAGAGAAAACCACUCCUGGUCGUGAAUCUGAGUUUGAUCUGAGGAAAAAAAGGAAAAUGGCACCACCUUAUCGUGUGAUACUACACAAUGACAAUUACAAUAAAAGGGAAUAUGUUGUUCAAGUACUUAUGAAAGUUAUCCCGGGAAUGACAGUUGAUAAUGCAGUUAAUAUAAUGCAAGAAGCACAUUACAACGGCUUGUCAGUGGUUAUUAUUUGCACUCAGGCUGAUGCAGAAGAGCAUUGCAUGCAGCUGAGGGGUAAUGGGCUCUUGAGUUCGAUUGAGCCUUCGAGUGGUGGGUGCUGAAGAUGGAGCUAAAAACAGGAUCCCGAUGGUUUCUUGAUAAAGUACCUUAAUCAUCUCGUCAAAGUAUUAGAUGGUGUAUAUAAGUUUAGCAGUUUCAGUGUAUGUAUGAAUCUUUAGUCAUCCAUGCACAAUUGAAAACAGGGGAUGUUGGUAAUUUUGAAUAAAAGAGACAUGCCUCGCAGCUAUUACGUAGAUUGCAAGGUGUUAAUGACUUCCAAUUGAAUCUAGAAACUGCAAGGUUCCAAGUUGCCCCUUUA